AUGAAGAAUGCUCCAGAAGUAUUCAUCAAGAAAGAAAAUGCCGACAAGUUCUUGGAAAGAACAAAACGUGCUAACUCUUUUCUGGAGGAAUUGAAGAAAGGGAAUAUUGAAAGAGAAUGCAAUGAGGAGCGCUGCUCGAAAGAAGAAGCAAGAGAAGCCUUUGAAGACCAGGAGAAAACUAUAAUUGAAGACAGUUGCCACGAAGAAGAUGCAGACUUUCACAAUCCUCGAAUCAUACCAAAGUACUGCAAAAUAAACAAUGGUGACUGUGAGCACUUCUGCAGCAUCAAAAAAAGUGCCCAGAAGGAUGUUUUGUGUUCCUGUGCCAAAGGGUAUGCUCUAGCAGAGGAUGGCAAACGCUGUGUUUCCUCAGUGAAGUAUCCUUGUGGAAAAGUUUUUGUGAAAAGAAAGAAAAGGUCGAUUAUUUUUCCUGCCGAUAGUAGCAAUGUAACUAGUGAUCAAGCUGGCCCUCCCACAAAUGAAACAAGUGUGGAGGAGGAGUUUGUUACUACCACAGAAAGUCCAACCACCCGUCCUGGCAGUGGAACAAGUAGCAAGACUCCGUAUGUCAAUACCAGGAUAGUAGGUGGUGAUGAGUGUCUUCUUGGUGAAUGUCCAUGGCAGGCUGUUCUGUUGAAUGAGGCAGGGGAAGAGUUUUGUGGCGGAACUAUUUUGAAUGAAAAUUUUGUACUUACUGCAGCUCAUUGUAUGAACCAAUCUAAAGAAAUCAAAGUUGUUGUUG